AUGACGCAGCGAUCGCGUCCACGCUGGAUCAGCAGCGGCAUUUUAGUGCUGCUCGCGAGCUCCGUGAUGCUCCAAAGCUCUGCAGACGGCCGCAAUUCACAGCACGCAGACGUCGUGAUCAACACGUGGCCGUUUGUCAACGCAACGCGCGCAGGCUUCGAGGCGCUGCAGCGACCUGGUCGUCGCGCUCACGCCCUGGACGCCAUCACCGAAGGCUGUAACCGCUGCGAAGUCGACCAGUGUGACUUUACGGUGGGCUACGGAGGAAGCCCCGACUCUAAUGGAGAGACGACGCUGGACGCGAUGAUCUUGGAUGGCUCGACGAUGGAAAUGGGUGCAGUGGCGCAGCUGCGACGUGUGAAACCUGCGAUUCGAGUGGCACGCGCCGUCAUGGAACAUUCGUCUCACAGCAUCUUGGCUGGCGAUGGCGCGUUGGCAUUUGCAAAGAUGAUGGGAUUCGAAGAAACGUCACUCAGUACACGGCACUCACGGGAGGUUUACAAGCGCUGGCAGGACAGCAAGUGCCAGCCCAACUACUUCCGUAACGUUCAUGGACAGAACACUUCGUGUCCGCCGUACAGACCGUUCGUGUUGUCAGAUUCAGUGUAUACGGAGAAGCUGCAAGGUGAGUCGUUGCUGGUUCCGACUAACAGGCAGAACCCUGUGGACGUGGAAAAGCUGAUCUCGACGGAGAACCAUGACACCAUCGGGAUGGUGGCUCUGGCGGACAGUGAGCACAUGGCUGCUGGCACUAGCUCCAAUGGAGCAACGCAUAAAAUUGCCGGGCGUGUUGGCGAUGCCGCGGUGCCAGGUGCGGGGGCCUACGUUGACUCAUCUAUCGGCGGAGCUGCUGCGACUGGCGACGGCGAUGUGAUGAUGCGCUUCUUGCCCUCAUUCGUUGCAGUCCAAGAAAUGAAAAGAGGCGUCCACCCGCAAACAGCAUGCGAACAUGCCCUGCGCCAAAUUGCUGCGGUGUAUCCGCACUUUUUGGGAGGCAUGGUCUGCUUGAAUCGGUUCGGAGAGUACGGGGGAGCUGGGUACGGAUGGAAUUUUGCAUAUUCUGUGCAGACAAGCGGGAUGCCAGAGCCUAUAGUGGUACAUGUAACGCCGCUGACGCAUGCACCUUCAUAA